GCAGAGCGUGGGUCAGUCCCCCCGCCCCCCCCCCCCACGCCGCCGCUUCUGGCCGCCCGCCCUGUCGUUCGCGCUGUGCCCGGUUAGGGCAGCAGCGGUGCCGCUUGACGCAUCUCUCCUCUCCCUUCCCGGUUAGAAGGUGCUGCUUGUUCACCGCGCCUUGGAGACUUACUCAUCGCCGAAGCAGCCCUGAGUAGAGCCCGUGUCCCUGCCCCACAGGUGACUCUCAGGGGAGGCCGGUUGUCAGAAAUGGAGUGGUAGUUGUAACUUGCUGUUCCAGCAAUGAGCCAGCUACGCCUGUCAGCUCUUAGGUUGGAUUUUGCCUGUGAAAGUAUGGAUUCUCAGGGAACUGAAAUAUUUGGCAAGCGCUUUUUUUUUUUUUUUUGCGCUGGAAAAGGCUCUAGUCAAAGCAAAAAGGAAUGCAAAGACUGUCAUCUGUCUGUUCGUUUGUUACUCUGUGUACAGACCUCAGCUGUACUGUGCAAACAGAUACAGAUUAGAUUAAUCCAGCGUGCUUAUUUACGAAUAAAGGCUGUGUUUUGGACUAAUACAGUGAUAGAAUUUAAUAAAUUAUUGUUCUUUAUUUUCUUUAAACAGUAAACACGGUGUUAGGGUUAGAUUGAAGGAGUAACAAAGCAAGUACACCAGUCUCGUGAGAGAGAAACAGGGCAUGGCUCAGAGUGGUAGGUGUCGCAGAGUGGCUCUUGAUGUCAACAACUAAUGGCAGUAGAUUAACCAUUAGCCUAACUAAUGUUUGUGACUGAUGGCAGAAGGUGAGAGAACUUGCUCUGUCGUAAAGAUUCCCAGCUGGUUCAGCUAUAUAGCCAUAUAUAUAACUAUAUAACAGUUAUAUAUAAUCCUUUUAUGUAUAGACUCAUUCUGGAUAGCUGAAUUCAGGUAAUGUUUGUGACAAACGAAACUGUCCAUUUUUAAGUGUUACUUUCUUUUUCUAAUGUUAGUCUUUAGAAAUAUUAUUUGGAGGCUUCUGUCAUCUGUUACUUUCACUUCCGUAGUUGUGGAAGUACUUAACUUACAGAAUGCAGAUCUAAUUGUUUAUAUAUAGCUUUUAAUAAUAAUGAGUGAGUUUCAGCUGUAGCUGCUAAGUGCGUGAGGACAAAAGAAAUUGCACCUCAGAGCCCUGUAGAGAAGACAAGAACAGAUGAGAUUUGUUACUUAUCAUGUGACAGACUGAGAGUUGUACACAUGCACACAAAUAUAUAUAUGUAUAUAUAUUUAGCAUUCCCUCUGCUGGUAGUCAUCACAAGCUUGAAGUCUUGUUGUCCAAGUUAGGUCACUGGUUCAUGUUUGUUUACUAUCAUUUGACCUAUGUUGAAAUCUUGAGUUGCUCAGCUCUUGCUGAAAUACGUAAUUUGCUUAAGCAAGUUUUAACUUAAAAAUAUCUUGUUAAAUGUGUAGAGGAAAUGCCUAAACACUGUUAAUGUUUGGUAGCAAGGCUCUCUCUUUAAUUUUGGAGCCUUUACCUAUGUUUAGGAGUUUCCUAGUUAAUAUAAAAUUUUCUUGGUGAGAUGCACUAAGCAUAUUCGCACCCUUUCUGCCAGUUGGAUGUAGUUUGUAUGGAAGUUUAGGUGAUCAUUGUCUUUUCACCAUUUCUUUAAAGCUUGUUUAUUUGAUUUUUUUUUAUGACUCGUGAAACGUGUCUACGGGUGAAGAUUUGUAUCACUUCAGCACUAAAAUGAAUGAAAACAAAAUCUAAAUUUAGCCUUCUGAAUGCUGCAGAAUGGAUUAAUAGGCAAAAGUUGUCUUAUCUGCUUAAUUAGUAUAAGAAUAAAGGUAUUACAAAAGCAGGAAAUACAGCUUUCUUAAAAACAGUUGGGGAAUUAUGAGAGGAAAAGGUGAUCCUUUUCCUCUCUUAGGGAAGGGAAAGGGGAAAAAGAAAGGGGAAAAGAAACGAGACAGGAAUAGUUGCUGCUUUUGAACUCUUGUAGUGGCAAAGAAAAUUAAUCUGAGUCUGAUACCAUUUGUAAACUAAGACUUUUAUAUGUUAUCUAGCAAGAGUAUUGUGAGGGUGUAAGUUACUGUAUGUGGGAUGCUGAGAUAUGGGGGCUGUAUUAGAAACAAGCACCCAACUGUAUGGCUCUGCUCUCUGUAAACUUGAAACAAACUAUGCUGUAUUAGUGUUUGCAUGCACCAAUAUAACGUUAUGUUGACAUAUUUAAAUGCCAGUAUUACAAUGCGAAACUUUUGCCUUACCUAGAAAAAAAGCCAGUUUGCAAUAGAAAAUUAUACUACUGUAACUUGCACAAAUGCAGUUUCAUCCUGCACGGCAGCCUGUUCUAGGCGGGUGCUGUGCACUGCAUCUGGGCACAGCUUUCAUUACUUUGCCAAAGCCUCUUCAGUCGUUUGACUGUAUUAACUUCGUUGUACAGUUUGCUACAGUAGCUGGAUGGUUCUAAUGAGCAUAGCAUACUGUUCCAGUUCACUUUCUUACCUCACAUUUGGCUAUGUGUGGUGCUUUCUGGUAACGAAUUCUGCAUGUAGGCAGAGGCCAGAGGCUGGGCCCUGCUUACUUCAACAGUCACCGAAGUCAGUGGCAGACAGGUGAAUCUCAGACCUCCUAAGAGACUGACCGCAUGUGUAUUUUCAGAUGCACGCCUACUUGUGAACAGCAGAAACCUGGGAAGAUGAGAAAAGGAAGCUUAAGCCCGGUUCCUGAGAUGUGAAGAUGAAGUUUAAGUCUGGUUCUAGAAUCUGAGAUGCAGUAGAUGGUGCUGAAGCAACACUGAGGCUCCUGAAAUAUCCACAGUCCAGUGCGUAUAUAGAAAGUGCCUGCUGGCUCUUCCAAAUGUUGACGGUGCUGUGUCUUCAAGAGAUGCACUCUGGGACAAGAGAACACUGACUGCCUUGAGUAUAAACUUACAUAAGUUCUAAAAAUGGGAAGAAUUUUUCUGGAUCAUAUUGGUGGCACUCGCCUGUUCUCCUGUGCAAACUGCGACACGAUUCUGACCAAUCGUUCUGAGCUCAUCUCCACUCGUUUUACAGGGGCCACGGGAAGAGCCUUUCUUUUUAACAAGGUGGUAAAUCUGCAAUACAGUGAAGUUCAGGAUCGGGUCAUGCUCACUGGCCGCCACAUGGUUCGAGAUGUGAGCUGCAAGAACUGCAACAGCAAACUGGGUUGGAUCUAUGAAUUUGCCACUGAAGACAGCCAGCGCUACAAGGAAGGUCGUGUUAUCCUGGAAAGAGCAUUGGUCCGAGAGAGCGAAGGAUUUGAGGAGCAUGUUCCAUCCGACAAUUCCUGAAGAGGCUUGGGUCUCUUCUCAGGUUCUCUUCAAUUGAAACUCAAAAAUAAUAAAAUCAACAAAAAAAUCUGCUUACAUACACUGUCACCUUAGCAUCAGAGUCGGAUUCAUGGACUACAGACUGGGAAAGAUUGUGAGAGUAUUUCAGAUGGAACCUUCCUUUCUUUAUUCCUUUUAUAUUUGACUUUCCCUCCAGCAGCUGUUUGUAGAAAGAAUGUUGUGCAGAUGCUGUAACUUUUUCUCUCUUGCAUUUACAUCUGUUAGAUUUGAGUUUGUAUCUACAGAUACAAUGGGCUAAAAGGAAAAUAUUUGGGGGAUUUGUCUUUUGUUAGAGAGAAAUUCAAUGAGUUUUUUUAGUUUGCACAAACUGAUGUCAGCAUAAAGUUAUUUUAAAACUACAGAUGUUUUUUAAAAAGCAUAUUCCAAUUUUUGGCUUAAGUUUUUAGUUAGUUUUUUUUUUUUACCCAGUCUUUUCACCUGAUUUGCUAGCUAAAGUAAAGAGAUCCGAAUUUGUGCCGAGUGCUAAAGGUUCAGUGUUGGUACAGCUUGGGCUGGCCCUUGUGCCAUAUUCUUGUUGAGGUUGAUUGGUAGCACAGAGCCCAUUAUUUCUUGUCAUUCUUGACCCAAAGAUGUCACCAUUCCUUGUUUAUUUGUGAAGUCCCAUUCACCAUGUAAACUGGUGUUGAUUGGAAACUAUUCUUGAAAUAGGGCAAAACUGCUUGGCUUUUUAUAACUUUAACUGAUGUAACUUAUAAGCAUAGUAAUAAUAUAAAAUAAUAGUUGUCUGUUUAGUCUUGCGUUGCUUACAAAUCAAGCUGUGUUUGUAAUGAUAGGGAUCCACUGAGAAACUACUGUUUCAGUAGUAAUUUUUUUUCGUUUCUCUAAUCUCAUUAAGUAGACAGGGAAAUGCAAAUCUUAAUUCUUCUUCAAGUAGCUUUCUUUAAAGCCAGAACUUCCUAUGUUAAACACAGCUGCUGUGUAAAAGGAGAAGAUUGCCAGGAUAUUUGUUCAUGCCUAGAGUUAUGCAAUCUGCAUCUCUUGAAAAGAUAAACAGCUUGUUUUCAAAUGCUGCUUCUGGUGUUGAAACCUUUCUUUCAACUUUGUUGAACCUUUUCAUUGUGAUGUUACAUUUUUAUCUUUCUGGGCAGCAGUACAUGUCAGCCUAGUAGUAACUAGUGACUUGGAUUCCUGCUUUAUUCUUGUAGAGGUCAGCUCUGUUCAAAACAGUGAUCUUGCUUGCCUUUUUUAGCUCUUCAUUAACUUAACUCAAGGGUGCCCAAACACUUUCAUUGUGUCUUAAGCCAUAAGUUAAGAUCUCAAGGGCUGAAAUUUAUUUGAAUGUUAGAUAUGUAUGGUUCUUUAUCAAAGAUACAAGUUUGGGUUUUUUUCUUAUUGGAUAAAUUGUUGUCAAUGUGAAAUACAUUACCCAUAGAUGUACGAGAGCGGAAAAAAAUCCCACCCAACCAAACAGAUUUGGGCUCUGACCUUUCAGAAGAAGUUUUCUUCAUUAGCCACAGCUCCAUAUCUGAAACUAAAUUGUGGAGGGUGACUAUGCAGAGUAUUUUUCUUAAUUUUUUCAGUUGCCAAGUGGCAAUUUGGACACCCCUGACUUGAAUCUACUGCCUAUUUCAUGUAAAAGUAGCUUUAUUAUAGAAUUGUCACAUAGAAAGAAAACAGAGUAGAUCACAUACCAGAGCUGUGCUUGAAUCAAGCUGCUUAAACAAUAGUGUACUUGUGCCUCAAAUGAAUCGGUUUUUGCACUGAGUACAGUAGUACCCCAUUAUCUUGUACUUCUGUCCUUCACAGACCCUAAAAGCCCCAUUAGCAUGGUUCUCUGCAGUACUUUUCUUGUACUUCUGACAUUACAGUACAAUAAAGUAUGUUUUGUCCUGAA